GGAAAUGCAUUGACUACAAGAGCUACCUUGCGCUUCUUGAAGAUUUGCAACAAGCACUUUUGUUCAGAGUUCGCAUUUUCAGGGACCGCACAGACUUACUCACUGAGAGUGAUGAGUGGCUCAUUAGUUGUUUUCGUUUGCCAAGGGCAAUUUUGCUUGAUUUGUGUCAGCAGUUCUCGCAAAUUUUGGAGAGGCCGACAAAGCGCACCAGUGCAGUCCCCGUGCACACUCAGGUUCUUUCUACUAUUGGCUUUUUAGCCACAGGCACAUUUCAAAGGGAAAUUGGUGACAGGUCUGGUAUUUCUCAACCCACCAUGAGUCGAAUUAUGCCACACGUUUUACAUGCAGUUAUAUCACUUACAUCACAGUACAUUACGUUUCCAAAUACCGCAGCGGAAAGGACAAAAAUUAUGACCGAUUUCUAUAACAUCGCAGGAUUUCCAAGUGUAAUAGGGGCAGUUGACUGCACACAUGUUGCCCUGAAAGCUCCUACUGUUGAUGAAUUUGCAUUUGUAAAUAGAAAAGGCUAUCACUCCAUUAACGUGCAGGUAAUCUGUGAUGCACACUUGAACCUGCUAAAUGUUGUUUUACGAACAGCCCGGGAGGGACACACGAUUCCUUCAUUGUGCAGAACAGCAUCGUGGGACUUCGUUUUCAGCAAAACGCUGCUGGAGAAGGCUGGCUUAUUGAAUCAUAUCAGUCAGGACUUGUGCCUCAAAACGCAUCAGAUGUGCUGAAGUGGCAGGCGGAGCAGGACCUGGCAAAACUGGCAGAUCUAUAAAAUAAAUGUUAAAUGAACAAUCCAAAUCAUUUGCAAUGUGAGUGUUAUUUAUCUAUGAAUAAUAUAUCGCAAC